UCAUUGAUAACUGUAAAAUUAAAUUACGCUUUUCGUAUCGUAACGUUACGAACAAAAAGUUAAUAACGAAUUACACAUAAUACAGUCCGCCUUUUCUAAUUUGUCCAGUUACUACUAAACUCUAGAGAAAAGUGUUAGAUUAAACAGAUAAAACUAGAUAGAAAUUUAGGUAGACAGAUAAUAAAAUUUCAAUAUUCUUAUUUUCACAAAAUAUAUAGAAUAAGUAAAUAUUUCGUUCCCUCUUAUUCAAGAAGAUAUAUUAGAAAAGUUAUUAAUACAUUUAUUUUGAAUUAGAAAUUUGAGUUAUUCGUAAAAUAAAUGUAUUUACUUUAAAUGUUAGAUCCAAUCAAAAUGGCAUUCUCAGAAUGCUGUGCCUGAUUGGUUAGAGUUUUAUGUCACUUUGUAUUUGACGUCUGACUUUAUCGCCGUUGGGUCAUAUGAUACUGUCACUCAUUAUAAGAAGUUUUUAAUUUAUUAUCAAGUAUUGUUCCUGUCAAAAUUUGUUACGUGCCUUACAUAAGCACAAGUGAAUCAAAGUAAUAUUAUCGAAUAUAGAAACAGUUUCAUACAACUUGCAACAAUGUCAUUUUUUGGAGUAAAUGUCAAUCCAUUUUCAACACCAGUAGGCCAGAAAAUAGAGCAAGCUACAGAUGGUAGUUUGCCAAGUGAAAAUUGGUCACUUAAUAUGGAAAUAUGUGAUAUUAUAAAUGAAACAGAGGAUGGGCCAAGAGAUGCAAUUAAAGCAAUUAAGCGUAGACUAAAUCAGGCUGCUGGAAAAAAUUAUACUAUAGUCAUGUAUACUCUUACUGUAUUGGAGACAUGCGUAAAAAAUUGUGGAAAACGUUUUCAUUCACUUGCCUGUUCACGAGAAUUUGUACAAGAAUUGGUUAAGUUAAUUGGACCAAAAAAUGAACCACCAACAGCAGUGCAAGAUAAGGUCUUGAGUUUAAUUCAAACAUGGGCAGAUACGUUCCGCCAUCAGCCACAUACCCAAGGAGUUGUUCAAGUAUAUCAAGAAUUGAAAGUAAAAGGGAUUCAAUUUCCAAUGACAGACUUGGAUGCCAUGGCACCCAUUAUCACUCCAGAACGAAGCGUACCUGAGUCAGAACAAAAUGUCAUGAACGUACCUACAGUUGAACAGCAAUCAGUAACUUCUGUAACACCACAAGUCCAACAACUUCAAAACCAAUCAUCUGGACAAGUAGCUAUAUUGAAUGAACAACAAAUGGCUAAAAUACAAAGUGAACUUGAUGUUGUACAAGGAAACAUGCGUGUCUUAUCAGAAAUGUUGGCAUAUUUUACAAGUUCAGAUCAGAAUAAUAGUCAACAACCUGAUCCUGCUGAUCUUGGACUUUUAACUGAACUUCAUUCCACAUGCAAAGCAAUGCAAGAGCGUGUUGUUGAUUUAAUUGGAAAGCUGGCACAUGAUGAAAUGACAGCAGAAUUAUUGCGUAUUAAUGAUGAAUUAAACAAUUUAUUUUUGCGUUAUUCGCGUUAUACAAAAAACAAAGCUGUUGCUGCAAGUACUAUUUUAGCACAAACGAUUGGUCAUCCUCCAAACAUAGAUUCUGCUUCAUCAAUUAAUAAACAAGAAGCUGAUUCUCUUAUUGAUUUAUCUGAUGAAACUGAUACUUUGGAGAAAAAAAUGACAGAAAUAGGCAUAGCUGAUAAUAUUGACCAAAAUAGGAUAGAUCGGAAGGAGAAGAAAGAAGGUGAUAGUGAUGAAUUUGAUAUGUUUGCACAAUCACGGAAUACAUCUUACGAAACUGCAAAAAACAGCGGUAGCAAAUAUGAGGAUAAUUUGGAGCAGGUGAGCGGAGGAAGUCUCAGUACAGCGAUUCUCAAUCGCAAUAAUCCUAAGUAUCCCCAGCAGACUGCUUCUACAGCUGCUUCUACUACUGCUACUUCUCUGAACCGGGAGUCUGAAUUUAAUGAGAUGGCAGCCUGGUUAGAUCAUACGCCAGGAGCACAUGGUGAUCAAGAAUCUCUAACAUCUUCAGAGUUCGAACGUUUCUUAGCAGAACGAGCUGCUGCUGCUGAAGCUCUACCAACUCUACCCACAACUACUACUAGUACAGGAAAUACUACAAAUUCUGAAAACUCUAACAUUCAGCGUCAAAUUAAUAAGGAUCAAGAUAAAUCUUUAUUUGCUCUUUAAAUGUAAUUUUCAUAUUUACAUUUUAGAAAACUGAUAAAAAUUAAAUUUAUUCUAAUUCGGUCAUCAAAUACACUUUCUAAUAAAUCAAUGCUUCUAAUAAUAAUACUAAUAUUAGAAACAUUGAUAAAAUAAGUUGAAGAAAACAAUAUAAAAAAAAAAAAAUAAAAAGAAAAUGCUUUGUGCUUAAAUGUACUUAAGAAUAGAAUUGAUACUGAAUGAUCGUAAAUUAGCAUUUUAUUACGUUGUAAAAAUUUAAUAACAA